AAGAGGGGGGAGACAACGACUGCAAUAUCAUUUGUGAAUCCCUCUCACAGUGCUGCAGAUAGGGGCUGCCAACACGCGCGGCGUGUCUGCAGGUGAAAGAGCGGGGAUGAACAUGCUGGAGACAGCCGGGAAUUCAACCCACGCUUCCUAAAAAGCUUCGCUGGAUUUGCCUUUUUUUCCCCCUCUUCCAUUAUUUUUUAUCCACAUCUCAGAUUUUUUACAACCUUUUUUUUUGGUUAUAUUUGCCCCCCUCUCUCCUUUCCCUCCCGUGUGCAUCUUUUAGGGACAGAGCGAGGCAGAGAGACUCUCCGUUCUGCUUGUUGCGAGUGACUUGGAGGAGAAUCGGCAGCCGGACCGGGCAGGUUGCAGCUCCGCGCGUGCAUUCCGCACUCACCAGCGGAGGAGUUUGGAAAGUGCGCGGGCAUUUGAGCGAAUCCCUUCAUCUGCAAACAGAGGAAUAGUGCAGCCUCACCCAGAAAUAAAAGAAGACAUUUCUAAACAAAAACAAAAUAAAAAAAAUCCCACAAAGUGUAGGUAAAACGGAGCAACGUGGACUGAAUUGACUUUCUGCUGACGCUUGGACAAUAAUUUUUUUGGCUUUCACGAGCGUGUCAAUCAACAUUUUUGUGGAUCCUCUCUGGCGUUACAUUUUUUUCUCCUCCUACCUUUUUUAUUUUUUAAACAAAAAAAAUAUAGCAGUUACUAUAGGAGGGGAGCUUUGUGCACUUUGCCGCUUUCCACUGCAGCAGAUGGAGGAAGUGUCCGGAGGAUGAAGUCUCACGCAUCCCAAAGCAAGGAGCUUUACUCAUAAACUCCAUCUCCCCAUCAGACUCUCCACCAGUGAAACACUUUUUGACAUUUUUUUUAAUUUUUAUUUCAGUGGAGGUUCAUUUCAACAAGGGAAACGAUGAGGACUAAUGCUGCUGCAGUGGACUGUUUGUACUAUUGCAUGCUCAUUCUGCAGCUUGCGCAUCAGCCAGCUGCCAAGCAGGUGCUUCGGUACCGUUUGGCCGAAGAGGGACCGGCCGAUGUGAGGGUGGGCAACGUGGCUGCAGACUUGGGGAUGGUGGCCGGGUCCAGGGAGGUGACAUUCACCCUGGAGUCGGGGUCGGAGUUUUUCAAAAUAGACAAUAUAACAGGUGAGCUCACCACCAACGAGAAGCGGAUCGACCGUGAGAAACUACAGCAGUGCCAAAUGAUAUUUGACGAAAACGAGUGCUUUAUAGAUUUCGAAGUGUCCGUGAUCGGGCCGGCGCAGAGCUGGGUCGACCUCUUCGAGGGGAAAGUCAUCAUUUUAGAUAUAAAUGACAACACCCCGUCGUUUCCGUCCCCUGUCCUGACACUGUCUGUGGAGGAAAACAGACCCAUUGGAACCUUGUAUCUGCUGCCCACAGCUACAGACAGAGAUUUUGGCAGAAAUGGGAUUGAGAGAUAUGAGCUCAUUCAGGACAAUGGGGAAAACUCGAGGCGCUCUGGGUCCUCCGGGGAUUCGUACUCUGGGAAAAGGAGAUUUGAUGAGGGAGCGAGCAGGAGCAGUGUCUUUGAACUCCAAGUUGCUGACACCACUGAUGGAGAGAAGCAGCCUCAACUCAUUAUUAAAGGGGCCCUUGAUAGGGAACAGAGAGACUCCUAUGAGCUCACGUUGCGCGUUAGGGACGGAGGAGACCCCCCUCGCUCCUCUCAGGCCAUUUUGAGGGUAAUGAUCACUGACGUGAAUGACAACAACCCUCGGUUUGAGAAGAGCGUGUAUGAAGCCGACUUGCCCGAAAACAGUUCCCCCGGCUCCCCCAUAUUACAGUUGAAAGCAGCCGAUGCAGACGUCGGGGUUAACGGUCAGAUUGAAUAUGUGUUUGGGGCGGCCACAGAGUCAGUGCGGAGGCUGCUGAGGUUGGAUGAGAGCACGGGGUGGCUGAGUGUGUUGCACCGCAUCGACCGUGAAGAAGUGAGCCAACUGAGGUUUACGGUAAUGGCCCGUGACCGAGGUCAGCCCCCCAAAAUGGACAAGGCAACGGUGGUGUUGAACAUCAAAGACGAAAACGACAACGUCCCCGCCAUUGAAAUCCGCAAAAUUGGACGCAUUUUCCUGAAAGACGGGGUGGCCAACGUGGCCGAAGACGUGGUUGUGGACACGCCCAUCGCUUUGGUACAGGUGUCAGACCGGGAUCAGGGAGAAAACGGGAUCGUGACCUGUACGGUGGUAGGGGAUGUGCCUUUUCAGCUCAAACCAGCGAGUGAGAUGGAGGGUGAGCAGAACAAGAAGAAAUAUUUCCUCCACACCUCUGCUCCACUGGACUACGAGACCACGCAGGAAUACAAUGUGGUCAUCGUGGCUGUGGACUCCGGAAGCCCCAGUCUCACGAGUAACAACUCUCUCCUGGUCAAAGUGGGUGACACUAAUGACAACCCUCCUAUCUUCAGCAAAAAUGUAGUUCAGGUGUCUUUCCCUGAAAACAAUGCUCCUGGCGAGAGGGUGACAACAGUGACAGCCACUGAUGCAGAUAGUGGAAAGAAUGCGGAAAUAUCCUAUUCCCUAGACUCAUCAGUAAACGGGAUUUUCUCUAUCGACUCAGACAGUGGAGACAUCCGAGUAAACACCAACCUGGAUAGAGAGCAAAAAGAGCGCUACGAAUUCAAAGUAAUAGCUAAAGAUAAGGGCAUAAACACCCUUCAGGGUUCUGCAACCGUGGUUGUCCUUGUGGACGAUAAGAAUGACAAUGAACCAAAGUUCAUGCAAGAUGUUUUCACCUUCUAUGUCAAAGAGAACCUUGAUCCAAACAGCCCAGUUGGCAUGGUUACUGUAAUUGAUGCAGAUAAAGGGCAAAAUGCAGAAAUGGGGCUUUUUAUUGAGGAAGAGGAGGAGAUCUUUUCCAUCGAGAAUGAGACUGGGACCAUUUUUUCCACCCUGUCCUUUGACAGAGAGCAGAAAACUACGUACACAUUUCGCGUCAAAGCUGUGGAUGGGGGCGACCCUCCCAGAUCAGCCACUGCUACGGUCUCGCUCUUUGUCAUGGAUGAAAAUGACAACGCUCCAACAGUAACUUUCCCCAUAAACAGCUCCUACACGCUCCUUCCUCCCUCAAGUACUGUCAGGACGGUGGUCAGAACGGUAAUAGCCACAGAUACAGACACUGGGAUAAAUGCAGACCUCAACUACAGCAUCAUCGGGGGAAAUCCCUUCAGGCUUUUUGAGAUUGAUGGGGCGACUGGGGUCAUAUCGCUGAUGGCUAAGCUGGAGCAGAAGCAUUAUGGCCUCCACAGACUAGUGGUCCAGGUGACUGACAAUGGGCAACCCUCUCAGAGCACCACCACCUUGGUUCAUGUGUAUGUUAAUGAGACUCUAUCUAACUCCACAAUAGUGGAGACCCAAGUGGCUAGGAGUUUGAGCACAUCUCUGAACACUAACAUUGCAGGGGACCCCAACUAUGAUCUAAGCAAACAGCGUCUGAGUAUUGUAAUUGGAGUGGUGUCAGGCAUUAUGACUGUCAUCCUCAUCAUUCUGGUCGUUGUUAUGGCCCGUUAUUGCCGUCCAAAAAACAAGAACGGCUACGAGGCUGGCAAGAAGGAUCACGAAGACUUUUUUACGCCGCAGCAGCAUGAGAAGUCUAAAAAGCCUAAAAAGGAUAAAAAGAAACAAAAGUCCAAACAGCCUCUCUACAGUAGCAUCGUCACCGUAGAGGCCUCCAAACCCAAUGGGCAGCGCUACGAUGGCGUCAGCGAGAAGCUGUCGGACAGCCCCGGCAUGGGCAGGUACCGCUCGGUGAACGGCGGGCCGGGGAGCCCAGACCUGGCACGGCACUACAAGUCCAGUUCGCCUCUUCCCACCGUCCAACUUCACCCACAGUCACCGACAGCGGGAAAAAAGCACCAGGCAGUUCAGGACUUGCCCCCUGCCAACACCUUUGUCGGCACCGGAGAUAACAUUUCCCUCGGAUCUGACCACUGCUCCGAGUACAGCACUCAGACGAUCAACAAAUACAACAAACAGCCGUUUCGCCGAGUGACCUUCUCGGUGGUGAGCCAGCCCCAGGACCCUCACCAGCAGGGAUCGCUGCAGAGCUGCUACGACAGCGGCCUGGAUGAGUCGGAGACGCCCAGCAGCAAGAGCUCGUCGGGCCCCCGGCUGGGCGCCCUUCCCCUCCCCGAGGACAGCUACGAGAGGACAACGCCUGAUGGCAGUGUCGGUGAGGCAGAGCACAUGGAAAAUGACUCCCGGCCUCUGCCUGACGUAGCCAUGACUGGCAAGUGCACCCGGGAAUGUGACGAGUACGGCCACUCAGACUCCUGCUGGAUGCCUGUGCGCACAUCGCCCGAGCUACGGCCAUCCAAACCAACCACUAACCCUCAACAACCAAAACUUUCCACGUUCAUGACCGGCAACGGCAGCAGCGGCAGCAGCAGUGCCGAACAGCCCGGCAGCCAGGAGACCCUCGCCAUGGCCGCCAUGGCCAACGGAGACCCCACAGCCGCACAUAUGAUGGGAGACCGCAACUGUAACCUGCUCAAUAGGAAAAUGGCCUCCUCCUCCUCCUCCUACGAGGCCUUUGGCUCACCGUCCUACGGAUCGCCGGGAGUUGGGGAGGAAGUGCUGGGCCACCCGACCGAGGAGAUCCCCCUUGCACCUACCGGAGAGUAUAAACCCACUUCCUGUGGUACUCUGACGCGACGGGAGGUGUACCUGUGAGCAAGAUGGCUUACACAUCUCCACUGACUAUUAAGCAUAGCUGCUUACCCGUGACCGUCGCAUUUCUAGAAGCCUUUAGCCAACCAAGUAGGACUACAGUUUCUCCAAAGACUUUUGCAAGAAUCCCUUCAUGAAGGAUGCAAGUGGAUAUCACACCCUACCUUUUUUAUAAUAUAAAGUGAUAACUCCAGCACCUGACCAGAAGGAGAGGUGGUGGAGGUUGUUUUACUAGCUCGUCGGGCUCUUGGGACACAUUCUGCUGCCUGACAGUCAAUCUGUACAGGAACUCAUUUUACAUGAAGCAUGCCAGGUUCUCCCCGUUCUUCUUCUUUGAAAUGAGGCAAAAGCCACAUCUUUCAUUUUUUUAGAUCAUAAAAUGUACAUGUAAACAGUUUUUACAGUGGAUUUGCCUUUAAUUUAAGUACAGUCCAACAGUCCGGCCAAGAGCCCCCAUGGUUGAAGAAACCAACGGGACUUGCGCCGACCACUGUCAACUUUUAAACCUAAAAGCAAAAGGUGGAAGUGAGUCUCACAAGCAUGGAAAAGACUGAGCUUUAAGUACAUAGUCCUCACUUUGAGAUGGAUACUUUCGCAUAGAGAUUAGUUGACUAGAAUUCGCGGAAGCAACACUUUAGCUGCCGUCUACGAUACACCGGAGGACUGAUGCUAACCAACGGAGAGCAUACCGUCACUCAUUUGUACACAGCCAUUGGACCACAGUGACAUCACUCUUGUUCCCUUAAGUCUUUUUACCUUUUUCGUAGCUUUUUGAGUUUUUCUUUUGUUUGGUGAGUUGGAAACCAAAAUCCCCGUCUGAGUAAUACAAGAUCUUACACAUCAGCUUCAAAAAAGUAUGGGGUGGUUCCCUUUGGAACUCCUUAGCCAGACGUUCUGUCUUACCAAACUGGUUUUGAUCACCGAGAAAAAAAAAAAAAGUAAAGAAAACUACGUAGGCACACAUCGCCAAAUGAAGUCAUUUGAGGCCAGUGAUGCUGCUACUGAUUGAAAGUCCUGGGGAAGCACAGUGUUUGGCUGGAGAUUGCAGCUCUGGAGAUGCAAUUGAACUGUUGGCUCAGAGUGACUUUAUACACGUAAAAAGCUAAAAGAGGUGUAAGCAACGGCAAGUUGAUCCUGAAACCUCUGUAAGGACAGCGUUUUACAGCUACUUUCCUUUCUUUUAUGAGCGUGUGUGAUAUGAGCAAUAAAUGCAACACUGUCCGCGACACGCAGACGACGAGCAUCUUUCUUCAACACCCUUUUCAAAGCCUACAAGGUUGACGCUAGUCUGGAGUCCUCUUAGCUGUUGCAUUCAUUGGCAUGAAUGUAAGAAUCAUCAUUUGUUAACAAUCACACAAAAAAAAAAAAAAAACAGGAAACAAAACAUCUGAGUGAGAAGGAGCUGUUUGCAUCACAAGCUGAGACGGUUGGUGUCAAAGUGAAACCAAAGCAUCGCAAAGAGGAUAAAAAAAACACUCUUUUUGUGCCCACCCCUUUCACGCAAACACAAAGGAAAUCUUGGAGAACUUUGCUUUAAUGACAUCAAUUUUCUCAGUAUCUUUUUUUUAUUUCGCUAUGGAACGAUUUACCUUGAAUGAUAAGAAUGUGAUGUCUCAACAAAACAUCUAUUACAUCCUCAGAUCAGACACUUGACACGUUUAAAUGUUGAGAUGGUGUGCCUCCCUGUCUACGUUUUUUUUAUUUUUGUUAUUGUUUUACUUUGCAGCUGCAGAGGCACAAAAAUCUCACAACUGUAAUCAAAAAAUAUUCGAUGCAACUGAACUUUUUGUAUGUUAGCAAAAACCCCUUUCAGUUUGAUCGGAUGUGCUUUUUUUUUUCUUUCUUCUUCUUUUUUGAGGCACUCCGGCAAUCUAUAACCUGUAAGUACUACUUGUUGUUUGAAAGAAAGUGCUCCUAUACUUAUCAGCUGUAUACAUAAAUAAAUACUUUUUACUGCACGUUUAAUGGGAACUUACUUCACCUACGGAAAAGGAGGAUUUAAGAAAAGAAAAUGACAAAAAAAAAUCUCUGUAAACAUGGAAACUCAUCUUGUUGAUUGCAUUCGUCAUCACCUGGAACAUUAGCCAUGUACUGUAGUAACACUUAGUACAUCAAAUCGGUUUUUCAUUUUCUUUUUACUUAAACAUCAAAUUUAAUAAUUGUCCCAUAUCACGACACCCCUAAUUUUUUUUACGAGCUUCAUACCAUUAGAUUAGAUAACUUGUAAUGACAUUUUUGUUUUAUUUGAAUCCCACGAAGAAACAAAAACGUGGAAAUGCUCAUUACGAUGUACUACGUGUUUUCUUUGUGGUGCCACUUUGUAUAUUUAGAGUGCUUCUGACGAAAAAAAACACAAAUAAAAACAUAAAAACGAAAUAAAAUAAAAAAUAGAGUGAAUGCUAAUAUGCAACUGUGCCUUUUUAUACCAAUUGGUAUGGUUAAAUGUGGGUAUGGGAUGGUGCAUACAUGAUUACACUGACAAGCUCACAAAAGUAGACGGGGUGGCAUUUUAAGGACUGAAAUACAUUUGCAUAUUUUAGAAGUGGAAUACUGAUUUUUUUGUUUUGUUUUUUAUUUUAGUUUCCCGGAAAGUUAAAUGUCAGUGAACCUUUAGAUGUAGGAGUCUAAUUGGCUGUUCUGUUGAUUCAAUUAGGCCAGAAAUAUUCAUAUUAUCAAGGAAAGUUACUUUUGGGGAAAACAAAACAAAACACUGACAUCAUUUUUUUUUUACGUUUUAAUUUUUUUUCGUAUACCUUUUUAUUUUUAUUUUGGUAACCUUUUUUGCUCAUGUACAUGUGUGACAACAGAAACAAGUUAAUGCAUGAAACAAGCUCUAAGUCUGACAACGAAAAUUUUGGAAGGGGAAGAAAAAAAUAUGGAAAGACACUUAAGAGUAGAAAGUUUGUGGAAAUAAAAUGCCGAUCGGGGGAGGGGAGGGGGUGGGUGGGGGUCAGUAAAGGAGAGCGCCGAGCAGAACGCACACCCACAGGGUUAUGUAGCCUACAUUCGCACUAUUACGAAUUUCUAUACAUCCGAAAGCUUGAGUGCUGGAGCGUUGCGCCUCGACUCCGUGUUUAUGCGUUAAAAACAGAAAUUUGACACACUGAGUUGAAUCCACACUCUAUCCUUUUCCAUUUGCUAAUCCGCAAUUCGUUACAACCGAAAUCUGGCUUCCGGGGAUCUUCCCGGCUGUCGGAAAACACAAGGUACACCAGCCUGGGGGUUUGUGUUCUGGAGGCGCUCUCCCCCCAUUUGUGAAGCAUUCACAACGUGUGAUGAGAUAUGUAAUAUUAACCAUUACUAUUUGUCCUGCGACCUGGAUGUUGAUAUAGAAAUUUGAGGAACAAACUUAUCAUCGUUUAAUAUGAGUCACUAUGCACGCAGCUUAGCUGAACAUUGGCAGUGUAUUGAACGCAAGUCCACUUCUAUUUAUGAGAUAUUUUACAUAAUUUAAUUUGCUUUUGUACAGGUUUGUGUAAAUAAAUUGCUUGUCAUUUUUGUCUCUGCAGAAAAUAAAA